AUGGAAGAUUAAACCAGUACAUAAAUGAAAUAAUAAAUGAAUAAUGGUUAUUGUAGUCAUGUGUGGGUAAAAUGUAAGCAGAUCAUGUGCCGGGGUGUGAUUUAAUUCGAAGGCAGAAUUAGUUGUGAACUUUCUUGCCGGUCCCAGUGUGCGUCGCCAUCUUGUUUUGACGUCACUCGCUAACUAAAGACUCCGAGUUAAAAUUCCGAGUUAAAGUGGUGUUUUGUUUUUUCCACUUCUCUGAGGGGAAUUACAGGUUGUGAUUUCGAAGCAAACUCGGAAUUAGUGUUUGGACUUUGAGGCUAAUUUAUAAGCAAGCGCCUUGUGUUGCAAAAUGGCCGAGAAACUCCAAGCGCUAAAGCAGCACGUUUGCUCUUCCAUUGACGAGGGCAAGGAGAAGCUGCACCGGCUUGGAGACGCGAUAUGGAGUCACCCCGAGCUGGCCUAUGGGGAAAGACAUGCCCAUGAAACUCUGGUCCACUUUUUCAAGCAGGAGAAAGGAUGGACCGUGGAGGAACACUAUAAACUAGAAACGGCUUUUCGAGCCACGUGGGGAGGUGUAGAUGGGGUAGACGGUGGCUCUGGGUUGAAUGUGGGCUUCCUGUGUGAGUAUGAUGCUCUGCCUGCUUUAGGUCACGCUUGCGGUCACAACCUGAUAGCAGAGAGCGGAGCAGCUGCAGCACUCGGCCUGAAGGCGGCGCUGGAGAGCGAAGGGGCGUGUCCUGUUCCAACUAAGAUAACCGUGUUGGGAACUCCAGCAGAAGAGGACGGAGGCGGGAAAGUGGAUUUGCUGCGAGAAGGAGCUUUCGAGGGUCUCGACGUGGUGUUUAUGGCUCAUCCCACUCAGAAGAAUGCUGCCUAUCUACCAGCCAUGGCUAUACAGGGCGUGCUGGUGAAGUACCACGGGCGUGCAUCUCAUGCAUCAGCAUAUCCCUGGGAAGGAGUAAAUGCUCUAGAUGCAGCCGUCCUGGCCUACAGUAACAUCUCGUCUCUACGCCAGCAGCUCAGACCUGACUGGAGGAUCCACGGUAUCAUAAAACACGGCGGUGUGAAACCCAACAUCAUCCCGGACUACACCGAGCUGGAGUAUUACUUGCGCACCUCGUCGCACCAAGACCUGCCCAACAUCAGAGACAAAGCCGAGGCCUGUUUUCGCGCCGCCGCUCUGGCCACGGGAUGUGAGGUCGAGAUCCUGUUCGAUAAGAACGAGUUUUAUGAAGUCCUGAGGAACGGCACCCUGGAAGACCUGUAUGAGCAGAACGGGAAAGCUCUCGGAAUGACGUUCACCACAGAGGGUUUUUCAGGCUCUACAGAUUUCGGGAACGUGAGUCACGCCGUUCCAGGGAUUCACCCUUAUUUCUACAUCGGCUCCGAGGCACUGAACCACACAGCGGAGUAUACAGCUGCUUCCGGUGCAGAUGAAGCUCAAGUUUAUACCCUGCGUACCGCCAAAGCUUUGGCCAUGACCGCGCUGGAUCUGAUCUUCAUCCCUGGAGUACUGGAUAAAGUCAAAGUGGAGUUUCGGAAGGCCAGGUUUGGAGAGGAAAGAAAUUGCAUCAGGAAAAACACAGAGAAAUAGAGACCAUCAACCGCCGUUAUACAGACAGCUGAAAGGUCCAAUAAUCAGUGACUCUCUUUUUUUUUUUUGCAUAUUUAAAUCUGGAAUUUUGAGUUUAUCCUGAUCGUUUUUUUUUUUUUUUGAUCAAGAACCACAUAGAUUGUGUCUCUGAUGAUAAAUAUUACUUAUACCCUUAUGUAUUUAAUAUCUAGUUCUCUUUACAAUUGCAAAUAUGACAAACUUUUUUUUCCUGUAACGUAAAUCAGACAAAAUAAUAUAAAGGUUAUAACAUUUAUUGUGUAAUUCAUGAAUCCAUUGGCAACCACGAUAUCGGUUACACGAGGUAACGUCCAAGCCGAUCUACUCAAGAUCUGAUUGGCAGUCUGAGUUUGGAAAUGAAUCUUUUUUUUAUAUAAUGGGGUGAGUUUUUAUUUUCCCUUCUUCCAUUCAAUUCUAUAUGAGUUUCAGACUAAGUAAUUUGAUGAUGAAUUGCUUUUUAGUUCACCAGUGUUUUGUCAGAAUCCACACCAGGAUGAUCGCCGCUGUGGACCUUCGCCUAGGUGAGGAAUAACAUCACAAAGUAACGAUUCUACUCUCGGUUUGAUAUUUUAGGCGACUUUAACAGAUGCUGAGCUGGUGAUUUUCCCCUUCACUGAGG